CUUCAGAGGAAGACAGUUAACAUGGACCUGCAUACCUCAGAGAUACCCAUGUCAUCGACGGGUGAAAGGAGCGUGGCCUCCACCAACUGACAGGCCUUGUCAUCCUGUUUGACCGAGAGCUCACGUGUACAUCGAAGUUUUUACAAGAAGAUACGUGCUGUCACCUCUCUGGAAGGCCCUUACAAAGUACUGUUAACUAUCUACACCGCCAUAAAAAUAAAAGAACAAUCCUCCUGGAUUCACACAAGCCAUGCCAAACGAUUGGAGGACGACCCCUACAGGUGACCUUAAAGUUGCACAACUGGGGAAAAUGACCUGUGGAUGAAGAAAACACUGGUGUCCAGGAAGUGUCCUGACAGACUUUUGUGGGGGAAAUGACCUGGAUGGACUGUCCCCAUGACCUUUUCAUCCCUCACAUGACCCCACAGGGAAGGCUCGGUAUAAAUAGCAGCCCCGGCUCCCUGGCAGGCAGGGACCGGCAGCUCUGCUCCUCCAGAAAUCAGCACCAUGAAGCUUCUCACGGGCCUGGUUUUCUUUUCCUUGGUCCUGGGAGUCAGCGGCUGGUUUUCAUUCUUUGGUGAGGCUGCUGGAGGGGCUUGGGACAUAUUGAGAGCCUACUUUGACAUGAAAGAAGCCAAUUACCAAGAUUCAGGCAAAUACUUCCACGCUCGGGGGAACUAUGAUGCUGCGCAGAGGGGGCCUGGGGGUGUCUGGGCUUCAAAAUUGAUCAGCAGUGUCAGAGAGGGUAUCCAGAAACUCACAUGCGACGGAGCAGAGGGCUCAGUGGCCCAAAAGCUUGCCAACGACUGGGGCCGGAGAGGCAAGGACCCCAAUCGCUUCAGACCCGAAGGCCUCCCUGACAAGUACUGAACCUCCUCUUCUCUCUGCUCUCAGAGAGAGUCUGUGGCUCCCAAGCACGUGGUUCACAGCUGCUGGGUCAUCUCACCCCUCUGCUCAGAGCUGGUUUCACAUGUGUCUGUUCCCCUGCUGGACCGCAGGCCCCUCUAACUAACAUUUGGACAGUAGUUUACAGGUCAUAAAAAUGCUUUCCUUUCUA